GAUUAACUGAUUCAAUUUGUAUCAUUCACUUCUUGUGUGUACUUCUGUAAAGAUUCAACCAGAUUAUUUUAAUAAAAAUGGCUUUUAAAUUUGUUUUUGCACUUGCCUUUGUUGCUGUAGCUAGCGCAGGUUAUGUUCCAGCCACUCAAAUUUACCAUGCCGCUCCAAUUGCUGUACAUGCUGCACCAUUAGCUGUUGCACAAAAGGUUGUUGUAAAAUCUGAAGAAUACGAUCCUCAUCCACAAUACAAAUACUCUUACGGUGUUGAAGACAAAUUGACUGGUGAUUCCAAAAGCCAGAUUGAAGAACGUGAUGGUGAUGUAGUACGUGGAGAAUAUUCAUUAAUUGAUGCUGAUGGUUACAAACGUACCGUACAAUAUACAGCUGAUGAUCACAACGGUUUCAAUGCUGUCGUACAUCGUGAACCUUUAGUAAAGUCUGUUCCCACUGUUGUUAAAUCCAUUGCUCCAGUAUCUCAUUAUGCCGCUCCUACUAUUGUUAAGACCGUUACUCCAGUUGCUCACUACUCAGCACCAACUGUUGUAAAAACUGUUGCUCCAGUAGCUCAUUAUGCUGCUCCAGAGCAUUACACAUCUUACGUAGCUCCUACUUACGUUAAAUCUGCAGAGGUAGCUCAAUAUGAUACUCCCGCUCAUUACACCUCAUAUUCAGCUCCAUCUUACAACUACCACCAUUAAACAUUAUUCAUCACCAGCAUCGAUACUUGCACAUUGUUUUUAAUUAUUUAUUUUUAUUUUACCUAAAAAAACUCGAAAUAAAUAAAAUGUUAUUAAAAUAAUU